AUGGCGGACGUCAAUGCUGAUAAUUUCUAUCAUGAUGAUGACCAGACCAACUCUCUCCAAGCCUUCUUGCAAAAUAAGCUCCGGAACAAUAACAAUUUUUAUGAUCCAGGAAGAAUGGCGGCACCAGCAGCAUCAGAGGAUUAUCUCUCAGACACAGAGAGCUCUAAUGAAGGUAGUUUUCACUCCUUUCCAACAGUUUACUCUUCCAUGUCUAAUGACCCCUCUGUUGACUUUUUGGAGAUGGAUGCUGAAAGCCAAGAAACAGGACAAUCGGGACAAAGCACAAAGGUUAGGGUUGGGAAGAAGAUGCAGCCACAGAAGAAGAAUUCAACAACAUGGAUCAUGAAGGUGGAAAGUGAUCACUCCGUGGAUUCAGAUGCCUCCACUGUCAGCAAGAAGAGAGCUUCUGAUAACUCAAUGGAGCUGAAUACCAAGCCAACCAAGAAAUAG